AAAGCCAAUCUGGCUGCAACAGACUGUCUUCCGUACAAAGACCAUCUUGACGUAACAUGUUGAAUUCAUGCCACAGCUGGAACACAUAGCUUGAGACGGGAGUUAACAGUGAUCAUUGGUUUUGUGAGUAUAAGUGACGCUGGAUCGUAUCAAGCUCAUUUCUGCUAAGCAGCUGUGUGACCUACAAUAGCUGGCAAUUUGGUGAAUGAUGGGAGCUGCUAAGAGUGUAUCAGAUGAACAACCCUUGUGGAACGAUCUAUUUAAAGAAUAUAAUGAAAUCUAUAAUUCUGAUGAAAACUUCAGUUAUGAAGAAGGUGAUGUUUGUGACCUGAUCGAUGGCACAAAGUUUGAAGCGGUGUUUAUACCAACUCUGUACUCCGUGGCGUUUGUUGUUGGUAUCCUGGGGAAUGGCUUGCUGCUGGGAGUCCUGUUUCAGAGCAGGAAGAGGUGGAGUGUGACAGACACCUUCAUCCUUCAUCUGGCUGUAUCAGAUGUUCUGCUGUUGGUAACGCUGCCCCUUUGGGCCACUCAGUAUGCUAGUAGCCGUGGAUGGGAAUUUGGUACCGGGCUUUGCAAGAUUACUGGUGCUAUUUUUACGAUUAACUUCUACUGUGGGAUUUUUCUUUUGGCCUGCAUCAGUUUCGAUCGCUAUCUGUCCAUUGUCCAUGCAACCCAGAUGUACAACCGAAGGAAUCCCUGGGUUGUUCAUGCAAGCUGCUUGCUGGUGUGGUUGUUCUCUGUGCUCCUCUCCAUCCCUGACUGGAUCUUUUUAGAAGGCGUGGACAAUGAGAGACAAAGUAGAGCAAUGUGUAUUCGCAAUUAUCAUAAAUUUAACUUGAAUGUCAUGGCCCAUAAAAUUGCAGCACGAGCGCUAUACCACGUAUUAGGGUUUGUGUUUCCUUCACUCGUCCUGAUCUUUUGCUACUCCUGCAUCCUGUUGCAGCUGCAGUGUGGCACCAAAGGCCUCCAAAAACAAAGAGCUUUCAAAGUCAUAAUAGCUGUGGUGGCAGUUUUCUUUCUCUGCUGGACACCAUAUAAUGUGGUACUUUUUGCAGACACAAUUCAUCUCAACAACAACACAGGAACAUGUGAAACAAAUAUAUCUCUGAGCAAAGCUCUGACUGUGACUUCCUCUUUGGGAUACCUUCACUGCAGCCUCAAUCCCAUCCUCUACGCCUUUGUGGGUGUGAAGUUUCGGCGUCAGCUGCUGAACAUCCUGAAGUCUCUGGGCUGCAAACUGAAGUCAACUGUGAAAUUAGAAUCCAGGAGGAGCUCUGUUUGGUCUGAUUCUGGAGAAACGUCCAAGUCCAUUGCAAUUUGAAAGACAUUGAAAUAAAUAUAAAAACAAGCUUACUACCAUGUUAAAACUGACGUGGAGACGAAGUCUUCUAAACAUUGUUGUAAUUUACUGUAUUUAGUUUUCUCUAUGAUUUCUCAAUAUUAAUACUAUGCAACCAGCUGAAAAAGAUAGUGAUAUAAAUUUAGCAGGUUAUUACAUCCUAUUUGGCACCAUAUAUCUGCUAGCAACAAAGUACCAACUAAGUUUUUGCCUUUUCCAAUAACCAGAGAGCUAUGUAUGAUUGGAUAACUUGGGAUUGCAAUUGAUGAGUGACAGGAAAAGUGGUGUAUUUUUAUAUAUAAGAACAGUUUGUAUAUAAUUUCUUAUUUUGCUACAUUUGAAUGCAUUAUUUUUACAUUGAAUGUUUAAUACCAGAAUGAAAAUAUAUUUUUUAUCGCUAAAAUGUUUGUUUUUUGAUAAUGCAAUUUACCAUGAAAACAACUGAAAAGUAAUGUUAAGUUUUUUACAAAAAUAAAAACUAAAAUAAAA